AUGGCGGCCCCCAUGACAUGGAGGAGACUCGUAUACUCUGUUUACACCCCGGCUCUCUCUGGAAUUUUCUCUAAAAUUCCGGACAGAUUUUUUAGGACACGUGACAGAAGAAGAGGGUCCUCACUGCUUCUCCUGGCUCCUCUCCUGGCAGAUACAGACCCUUUGGUGUCCAGACCUCCAGGCUCUGCUGAGGGCCUUCACACUCGCUUCUACUGGAUUGCUGACCAUGUGCCAGCAUUCAGGGUUCCAGGGGCACGCAUACACGUUCUCCACUCCCCCGAUGAGUUCUAUCAGACUAUAAAGGCACAAAUCAAGACCGCCAGAAGUCGAGUGGUGAUUGCAUCCUUGUAUCUUGGCACAGGGCCACUAGAGCAAGAUCUUGUUAAUUGUAUGGAGGAGGCACUCAAAUGCUCUCAGGAAGAAGCUGCUGAUUUAAAAGUAUCUGUACUACUUGACUACACAAGGGGAUCAAGAGGAAAGAAUAAUUCUCGAACGAUGCUGUUGCCAUUGCUGCAGCGGUUUCCAGAGCAGAUGAGGGUGUCUUUGUAUCACACUCCAGACCUGCGCGGGCCGCUACGCCUCCUAGUGCCUGAACGCUUCAACGAGACUAUUGGCGUACAGCAUAUCAAAGUUUACCUGUUUGACAACAGUCUCAUCAUCAGUGGAGCUAAUCUGAGCGACUCGUACUUCACUAAUCGUCAGGAUCGUUACGUGCUGUUAGAGGACUGCCAAGAGGUGGCUGAUUUCUUUGAAGAAUUAGUGGGCGCAGUGGGCGAUGUAUCAUUACAGCUUGCACCUGAUGACAGCGUUCACAUGAUGGAGGGAAUGGUGCACCCUUAUAAAGGUAAUCGGGUAGAUUUCUCAGCUUCAGCACAGCGGCGGAUUAUGGAAGUAAUGAAUUCAGCCAGGACACAACAGCAAAUGCUAGAGUUGGAUUCUAACUCAAAUGUGGAAUGUGCAGAAGAGCAUAGUGACACCUGGGUCUUCCCGCUUGUGCAGAUGAAACCUUUGGGCAUCCAGCUGGAUGAGAAGGUAACCCAGAGACUGCUGAAGGAGGCAGAUGGGGACUCAACAGUCUACCUAACGUCAGGCUACUUUAACCUGACACAAACCUACAUGAGAUUAGUGCUGGGAGCUGCAGCAGAUUACUGCAUCCUCAUGGCCUCACCAGAGGUCAAUGGAUUUUUUGGGGCCAAAGGGGUAGCAGGUGCCAUUCCUGAAGCUUACGUUCACCUUGCCCAUCAAUUCUAUAGCAAGGUGUGUGAGCUGGAGCAACAGGAUAGGGUCCAUCUACACGAGUACCAUCGGCCUGAUUGGACUUUCCACGCCAAGGGACUGUGGUACUACCUGGAAGGGAACAACCGUCCGUGUCUGACUCUUAUAGGCUCUCCCAAUUUUGGUUAUCGCUCUGUGCACAGAGACCUAGAGGCUCAGAUAGCCAUAGUAACAGAAAAUAAAGAACUCCAAACUCAACUGCAACAGGAGCAAGACAUGUUGUACCAGAGGGCCACAGAGGUGUCAGGCUCCACCUUUAAGCAACCUAACCGUUAUGUGAAGUUAUGGGUGAAGCUGGUCACUCCAUUAAUUAAGAACUUCUUCUGAGAUGCUGCUUGCCUGAGUGGGUCGACUUCUUACAGUCAUACCGGGUUGGUUAAUUUACGACUGAAUGUGCUCACUACACGACUGGGGAGCCUGUGAUAUUUACAUUAAAAACUAACCUUGAUUCAGUUCAUGAGGUUAUUUAGCUAAUGAAUUGAAUUUAAUGGAAAGCAGACUGACUGUGUUCAAGUCAAUACUGUGCUCUGUUACCAUCAAAUACCUCAGUUACCUAGACUUUAAAAAGACUAUGAUUUGCUUUAGUGUACGAGCAGACACAAAAUCAGGAGUCAGCAUUUUUGUUGUGAUUUUGGUUUGUCUAAACUGCUGUUCUGUUUUAAUUAGCUCACUCAAAAUUUCCAUAAAUAUAAAUGCACACAAAGCCCAAGCUGGCAGACAGUGGGCACUUAAGAAUCCACACUGUCACUGCAGUGGUUCCCCAAGCCGAAAAUCCCGUCACAUAGCCGAGUGUAGGGGAAUGUGGCCAUACCACAGCACAAACUUGGCCAUACACUAUUUCAGUGCUGUCAGUCUUUAGGUGCUGUGUCGUACUGCCAGUGACCUCUCUGUUAGCGCUCGGUCCAUAACAUCUGGAGCUGUUUUGUGCACGCACUAUGUAUUUCAGUCAGACUUGGCAUACAUUUAAGAUGCAGAAUGAGAAUAUCCAGAUCCAAAAAUUCUCAUUUAAGAAGGAAUAUUUACUGAUCUAAGCAAAACAACAAGGGAAACUGAUGAAAAGCCUGUAGGGUUUUUUCCCCCCCUCAAAAUGCUGUUAGAGCGCCCCCUUGUGAUUGUGUUGGGAAAUUGAAACGUAACCACACUACACCACACGUUUGAUAUGUUGAAAAAAAUUUUUUAAAGUCAUUAUUGCAUAAAAUUUAAGAAGCAAAUUAAUUUUGCUUGAACAGGUACAAAGAGCUAAACAACUAAAUUACAGAAUUAUAGUGUAAACAUCACAAAAACAAAUUUCUUCUCUGGGAAUUUAUGCUGCACUAGACACUAAGAAGCAGGCAUACAGAAGUUAACAGCUACUUAGUUUGUUCCUCUUUAAUUUUUAGAUUACAUGUCCAAAUGCGCAAGAAGGUCCUGAGUUUGAGCCCAGCGGCCGAUGAGGGCCUUUCUGCGUGGAGUUUGCAUGUUCUCCCCGUUUCCGCGUGGGUUUCCUCCGGGUGCUCCGGUUUCCCCCACAGUCCAAAGACAUGCAGGUUAGGCUAAUUGGUGGCUGUAAAUGACCGUAAGUGUGAAUGGUUGUUUGGCUCUGUGUCGGCCCUGUGAUGACCUGGCGAUUUGUCCAGGGUGUACCCCGCCUCUCGUCCAUAGUCAGCUGGGAUAGGCUCCAGUUUGCUUGCGACCCUGUAGAGCAGGAUAAGCAGCUACAGUUAAUGGAUGGAUGUCCAAAUGCAUACAUGCUUUGUAAACUUGCACAAUAUCCAUGGGAGUGACGUUAAUGCAGAUUACUGGCACAGCAGGCGUCAACUCCUUUAAAAGAUCAUCAGCAAUUGCACCAGACUGGAUUUCCCUGCGAGCUCCAAUGCAAAUGUUAAUGCUCAUACUGUUUUAUAACAAAAGAAACUCUGAUGUAACUCAUGCCAGUAGACUGAAACCUUUAAUUUAUUAUUUACUGUAUGCUGCUUUGUAUUAAAACUCGUUUGAUAAUUCGCUGAUGGCUUGAAUCAGCCGAGUGGAGUGGGAAAGCACUAUAACCAUGAUGUGCAGUCCAAAUUUUUUUGGAAAAAAAACCCCACGAGAAUGGGGUGAUGUAGCAAGUGAAGAUUGGAUGCUGUCUAAGAAUUAGGGACAUUUGGGGGACCUAGGAAAGUAAAUGGUCUAAAAAUUGAAGGUAUUCUUACAAACCAGUGACGAUAUUAUCAAGCCCAUGCGAUCAGCAAACAACUCCUGUCACCAUUUCUUUGUUGUGCAGUUGAUGUGAAUUUGUAGCACAAUGUACAUAUUUAUUAUUAGCAGUUUUUCUUGUGUAAGACUGCAAACUGCAAGUUGCAUUUAAUGUUACUGAUUAUGCUACAGCUUGUAUCAGAUCAUAUGAAUGUGAAGAUGUUUAACAAAAUAAUUGCUUUAUUGAACAAUACUUUUUCAUAUAGGAAAAAGAAAAUCACAGACAGCCUUUAACACGCUGAAUGGAAAUUUGCUUUCAGCCCUGAACUGCUGAUACAUUUUUGUAGGUGUAAUAAAUUUAUGAACCUUCAUGUGUAAAUGGAAAUAGUUUAGCAUAAAGUUAAAGCUGUAGCAUGGGGGAAGCAAUUUCACUGUUAUCAAAGUCUGUAAGUUGUCAUUUCAAUGCGUGUUUAUAAAUGUUUGACUUUGGUUUUUUGCCCAUCAGUUAUUAAAAUUUUGAUUCUAAUGAGAGGCUUCUUUUCAAGUCACAUUGCUGAAGUUUAGCUUGUUUGACGGAGACCAUUAUGUAAGUUAUGGAAGUGCUUGAAAGACAUUUUUCCAUUGUUUUAAGUUUUCGGUAUUAAAUGUUCUGAUUUUCAA